UAUUUCUCUCUCUCUCUCUCUCUCUCCCUCUCUCUCCCCGCCCAGUCCUCUUCCGCCUCACACUGUUAAGAAGCUCCACAUGCGCGCGCGCUCAGGCGUCUCUCGGUGCUGGUCUCGGUGAGGUUGUGUUCCGCUCUCGGGAAAUACUCCGCUGCUCCGGGCCUGUUCACACGGACAGCGUUACUGAGCUGUUGUACUCGUGUGUUGCACUUUCAGACGCAAUACUCUAAACAACAUGGCAGAUCCAAUGACACAGUCCCAUCAGAUAUCGUCGUCCCAAGGGCUGAACGAUGGACACUCCAAAGACUCGAAGUUUUCCGAUUCCUUUUUUUCCUCUUCGCCUGUAUCUCUCAUUCAGUCUUCUCAAGACAAACGGGUGGCACUGGACUCUGAGAAGCCAUCAGAAGGUGUGCCUACCUCACUUCGCUUUUCCUCCCAGCCAAGUUCAUUUUCUCCUGCAACUUAUGGAAAUGAUAACUCCAUUCCUUCGACUGGAAUCAAGGAUCGUAGUUUCCAAGAGAAAAGGGAGCUUUUUGAAUCAUCACUUGGAUCGCAAAAACAGGACUCUUCCCCUAUAAAGAUAUCUCCUGUGUCUGAGCGAAUCAGAGCAUUGGAAGCUCUGGCUGCAAAACAGAAUGAUUCUGAUUGGAGUGAUACAGGGUUUUCUCAUUUCAGAGAACGCCACUAUGAAAAGUCUCAUUCUGAGAUACAUGGCAUCACUCUUCGUUCAUCCAUUAAGAAGAAGCCCACAUCAAGUGAACAAGAUUCCCCAGAAUCUCCCUUUGAGAUUGUUGGUGACGCCAGGCGUGGAAGUGACUUUGAGGAUACGGCUGACUGGAUGAGAGCUCAUUUGCCGCCAGCGCCUAACUUCAACAUUGGAGAAUCUGACUUUGAUGAAAUUAAAGAGUCUUCUGUAAUGCCUGAAUGUCCAUCUGGUGAGACAAAGAGCAAAGAUACAGAUGUACAAGGAAUUCCUUCAUCUUUUGUAGGUGUACCUGAUGAAUUCAUGGACAACCCUGAUGAAGUGUCUAAAGAAAUGAAUGAUGAUUCUAAUCAGUCAAAGCAAGACACUAUUGAGGAUGAGUCAGAAUUUGAUCUCAGAUUUUUACCUACAGCCUACAUGUGGGACAAACAAGAGAAACCUGACAUGGCUACACAAGACCCACCAUUCCUUUCUGACACUCAGGACUCUGAGAUAACUGCAUCUGCUGCACCUCCGGAUGGUUUUGAGGCUUCUUCCCUGGAGUCUUCAACUCCUGUUCCCCAGGCUGACUCUAGUGCAAAACAGCAGCCUACCACUCCGAGUCUUGGCUUGGAGAGUGUAGAGAUCCUUGAAGCUGACAGCUCUGGUGAAUCUGAUGAUACAGUAAUUGAAGAUGCAAGUGGCGUCAGUAAUGAUGCCGUUGAGUGUGGAUUUUCUACAGACAAGCAGACUAUUCCAAAUGAACAAGAGAAACAGUAUAUUCAGGUGCCCAUUAUUAAUGUGAUUGAAACAGAGGAACAGGUUCUCAGUGAUUAUGAAGUUGAGCAUGAAGAAGAGGAAGAUGAUGAGCAGAGAUAUCAGAUAAUGCAAGAACCUGCAACAGAGGCUCCACAACCAUCUGAGGAGCUUUCUGACAUUUCAAGAUCAGAACUUGAAGAGGCUGCUCCAAAAAAGGAUGAUGUUUCCACACAGGAAAAUAGUGCAGAUUCUGAUGGAGAGUAUUCUCGAAAACAUACGAUAAUCAAUGAUGGUAUUAACAAUGACAUGAUUAACCAGACUUCCCUUCCCUCCAAGAGUCAAAGCUCAGAGGACUCUCGCACACAAUCAACAGUGCCGCAGAAUACAGAGGAAACUUCCAUAGAAUCUUCUUUCAACAAUGUAAAAUCAGACAAAUCUACAGAAAUUGUACCUGACCUCUCACCUAGUUAUGAGGAUCUCUCAAAUGAUUUUGAGUCCAGUGACAUAGAUACAUACUUGGAUCAUUAUACUAGUGAGGAACUGGCUUUAAAAGACCAGUUAAAUUCUGGUUUGUUUACUGUAAAUAAUGGGGAUACUAACGAGUUUCUAAAAUCUGACUCUCUUCAACACAGUCAAAAUAAUACUCUGCUUGCUCAGCAGUCAUAUGAGGAAACUGUUGAUGAAUUUGAUGAGACUGUUGAUGAAAGUAAGCAGAAUUAUGACGCCGAACCUGAGCCUUUUCCUGCUAACAUUACAGCAGAUGUCCCUGUGGAGCCUCUGCUUUCGCAAAAUAACAUGCCAAAUCUUGAAUUAGAUGAACAGAGUGUAGAUAUUGAGGAGAAAAAGAUGAUAACCGAUUCAGGGAAUUUUUCUUUGAUUGAGGAGGAGGAUUACAUGACGGCUGCACAAUUUCCCUCUUUUCAUAAUGAUCCAUCAAGCAAAAUCAGUGAUGUGAUCUCUGAUUUUGUGGCCAGUGAUGCAACUGAGGAACUAUUGAUGACCAAGACUGAACAAGAUGAAAUAAUCCAGCAUGAUGCUUCACGUACACAGAUAUCUCCAGAAGCCACAAGCCACCCUGAGCCCAUUGAAGUGGAAUCUGAAAAAAAUGAAAUGGUCCAGAGUGACACUCCUGAUACACAGAUAUCUGAAGAGCCCACAAAUAUACCUGAGCCCAUAGACACAGAAUCUGAACAAGAUGAAAUAAUCCAGUGCAAUGCUCCAGAUAUACAGAUAUCCCCAGAAAUCCCAAGCGAACUUGAGUCCACUGAGGGAAGAUCUUCUCCAACAGCUGCAACAGAUAGUUUUGUCGAGUUUAUGAGAGAAUGUUUAAAAUCACAACAGGAUGAGGAGUCCCAGAGCCUUGGUCCAGUACAGACCACUAAGGAACCUGUAUCAGUUGCUCCUUCUCCCCCUGCUAUGAUCAUGGACUUGGAGCAAGAGUGCCUUACUAUCUCUGCUUUAAAAGAGCUUGGGAGUAGUCAUGAGGAACAGGAUGACAUCAGCAUUCCUAAAGACAUUCCACUCUCUGCAAAGGAUACGCUUUCACGACCUUUAUUUCAGUCUGAUUCUUUAAUUUGCCCAAAUCCAUCUUCUCACUUUCUUCCAAAUGACAACCAGCCAGAUGCCUCACUAACCAAAGAGAUAGAGGCAAUCGACAUCUGGGUGGCAGAAGCUUACCACCUUGCAGAGCAUGUCUUGGCACUAAUACUAACCCACCUUACAGUGUAUGACUUGGUGUACUGGCGGGACCUUAAAAAGUCAGGCGUGGUGUUUGGCAUUUCCCUGCUACUGCUGCUGUCUCUGGCAGCGUUCAGCGUGAUCAGCGUCAUCUCCUACUUGCUCCUGGCACUGCUCUGCGUCACCAUCUCCUUCCGUGUCUACAAGUCUGUCAUCCAGGCCGUGCAGAAGUCCAACGACGGACACCCCUUCAAGGAACUGAUGGAGAAGGAUGUCAGCUUGCCUCCUGAGACCUUCCGCAAGCACGUGGACGCGUGUCUGACCUACAUCAACCGUGCACUCAAGCAGAUGAGCCGCCUCUUCCUGGUCGAAGACUUGGUAGAUUCCCUCAAGCUGGCCGUGGUCAUGUGGAUGCUGACAUAUGUGGGUGCCGUUUUCAAUGGCAUCACCAUCCUCAUUCUUGUGGACAUCCUUGCCUUUACUGUACCACCACUAUAUGAGAAAUACAAGACCCAGAUUGAUCGCUACAUUGACAUUGUACGCACUCAGGUUAAUACUGCAGUGGCCAAGAUUCAGGAGAAGCUUCCCAAAGCAGCAAAGCGCAGUAAAACAGAAUGAUGCACCUCUCUGAUCCCUUCAUGACCACCUCCAGAAUCCCUGUAUCUCUAGCUUCCACCCCUCCCCAGUUUAACCUUUCCUUACAAACCUCUGACCAGCCAUGUGCACUGAACCAGCUAGUCUUUUUAAAAUCUCUGAAGCUUCUCAAUAUUCUUCAGUGUUAAUUCUGAAGCUUAAUUAUGAGCACUAGGGAAGACGCUUGGUGAAGACGCUUACUGAAGCUGGUGACUCAAAUGCAGGAAAUGAUGUAAUUCCACAAGUGAAUGUCCAUUUAUGGCACCCAACUUUCGGCAGGGCAUGUGAACUAGAUUGAAUCUGUGACCUGGUUUUGGAGUGUCCUAAGAGUUGGUGAAAUAAAGACAAGGGUUUGACUUGGAAAACAAAUGUCACACUGAAUAAAUUAAAAAAUGUUACAGGAAGAAAAUGAACGGAAGAAACCAUAAGAAGCCAGGAUUGAUGUUUGCAUAGACCACCUCCCUAAAGACACCUACUGAUUUAUUAUGAAUCUGUCACACACUGUUACUAGACUUGCACAUACAGAUCGAUUAGGAUAUGGACACUGCACCUGCUGGGACGAUUCGCUCUAGUUCGCUUUCCUGUACCGUUUUGGCGUUAAUUUUUAAUUGGGUAUGUAUAUAUAGUUACAACAAUAAGAUUACAACAAGCUCUUUGCUGUGAAGAAGUAGUUUGCAUUGCUUUUUAUAUUUAAUAUCAAAUAUCCUCUGGUGUCUGUUUAAGACUCAGGCUCUUGUUCAGAUGUAAAUGCAUUAUAAUUAUGAUUAUGUCUAUUAAGUCACAUGUAGGGUAGCUGCUCUUGACUCCCCAGGCUGGCAUCUUAACGAGUAGUAUUAAUAUUCUUAUGCUUGAGUUAUUUGUAUAGAAUCUUCAGAGCUUCAGAUCGUGGAGACAACGGUGCGUCCUGUUACUGCUCUGAAGAGAAAGAGGAAGAAGUGUGAUUUGUGUUGGCACCCCAUAUAAUGGUGGUCUUUGUGCUGAUCUGAGAUUAGUCUUCUGGCAAAUGUGGCCUCAGAUCAGCAUUCAGACCAGCAGUAAUGACACUAUAUAGGUGGUUUUGAAUUGGUAUAUUAAAGGUAUUGUUAAUUUAACACAUGUCAAAAGCUGGAAACACAAUCUUGUUAAUUGCAUUCGUUUACACAGUUGGUUUCACAAGGAAGUGUGCUGUUACAAUAGAGCUAUUAUAACACGACUAAUGUGGCUUCAUACAUUCACAUCUAUAAGGGACUUAAAUAUAAGAGGAGAAAACUCAAUGCACUUUGCUUAUUGCCUGCUCUAUGUUUGGCACUGAAUAUUCUAACCGAAUCUUGCUUUAAAUGUACCUGGAAGCACUCUUAUCUUAGACUUCAGUGUCAAAAGUACACCUGUAUUUAUUAAUGCACCAACGUAUAAAAUGAGCACCGGAUUAAUAGAGUAACUACUGCUAAUACUACUACACACGUCUACCAACUGCUGAAUGUUUCAUACUAAUAUUUAUACAGAAUUCUGACUGUCGCAUGCAACCCUGCGUGUUCGUGUUGGAAACUGUUUCAGUGCAGUGCAAAAUUGCUUUGUGUGGAUUGUUUCAUGAAGGUUUAGUUCACUGAACAUGGCAUUGAUGUACAAAACACAAUAUCACCCUUAAAGCUUGACUGUAGUCUGAGUCAGGAUCCUGAAUGUUUAUUUAGGCCUUUUAAGUUUUUUUUUUUUUUCCUUCUUCUUCUUUCAUGUAUGCAUGCAAACAGCACACCUAGACACACUCAUGAACAGGUGAAAGUGUCCAUCGUGUGUACCUGUGUCUUCGUGUUGCUGAACUAACAUGCGUUAUAUAACUCAUGGGUAUGGUGAUGCUUGAAGAAUAGGAUAAUUUUUUAAGUUAAAAUUUGUUCUUCCUUCCUUUCCCAUCUCUUAAAGAAACAAAAUUUUUUUAAUAGGUGCAAACCUCUCGCUUUCAUUCUAUCUAGACAGUGUGUCAUAUUUCUCCUUAGUGUUUCAGUUACGAAUUUGCAUAUUUUUUAACUUAAUCCUAUAAUCUGUCAGCAUGUUUGCUGUCGUUUCUUUUGGAGUUUCUCUCUUGGGGAGGGAGUUGCAGAAGUCAUGUUUUCUUUGGUUUUUGCUUUUGAGUCUAGAUGUGAUAACUAAUAUCCAUGUUCAGUUUGUUAGCAAUGAAUUAAGUUAAUCUGGGAGCUUUGGAAAAAAAAAAUGGGGGGUCCAUGUAAUUGUCAACAUGAAAUUAAUAAAAACAUUAAAAAGAAA